AUGCGUGGAAUCUCAUCGUAUUUUUCAAUUUUUUUCCUCGUCCUCUGUUUUUUGGUGUUUUGUUGUGAGCCAGCGGCUUUGGUGGGAGCAGAAGAAGGAAAAGAGGAUUUUGGCAACGGAAGUGGUGGAAUUGUUCGGAGGGCUGGUGGGGUUGUUGGUGUUGAUUCGCAAUGUUAUCCGGAUUUGUGAGUUUUAUUUUUGGGCAGUUUGGGGAAUGUGGGAAGGGAGGGUGUAUAUUAGAAUACUGCUGAAAAUCCUAUAGAUAUUUGAGGUUUCACAGCGAAUCUCUAACCAAAAACGUUUGUAUGUGUCCCCCAGAGAUCUUAUUUUAGGAAAAAUUCGAACUUUUUGCUUGGAAUUUCAAAGAUUCACGAAUUUUCAUAGAGCUCUGACAUAGAGCGAAGACAAAAUUAGCCUAAUUACUGUUUUUCCGAGAAAAACAUGAGACCACCGAAAUUUUCUUGUGGGAAAUUUCGAAACCCUACUUUUCGGACCACUUUUGAAUUCUGAAUAGAACCUUUUCCGAACAACUUCAAAAAUAAUUCUGCACCAAUUUCGAAGCAACGAGAAAAAAUUGAUCGGAAAAUACAAAAAACCGAAUUUUUAGCUCUCACAAAUAUUUGAGAAAAAAUUUCCACAAAUAUCGAUUAUUCGAAAUUUUUGAAAUGCUGAUUUCUUUCAAAAAUUUUGAAAUCUAUCGGGUCACGUCUGAAUUUUCAAAAACUAAACUACAGUACCCAACAUCUAUCACCCAAUUCUUCUCACUCAAAACAAAACAACAAAUAAUAAUAUUGUUGUUUUUGUGUGCUUCAUCGCAAAAAUUGUCGAUUUCCUUCUAUUUUUCGUUCAUUCUAAUGUGAGAUGAAUAUCAAUUCAUCAUUGCUUCUUUUUUCUUCUUUUUUUCAUUCUCGCGCAUCUGUAGUAGUAGUAUCUUUUAAUGAAUAAUAAAUAAACAUCUUCUCGUUUUCCAGUUUUUUGCUAGUCUUUAAUUCGAGAAAAAUAGGAAACAUCGAGGAAUUCUAGACUUAUGUUUGGGAAAAAUCAAACUAUAACAAGAUCCAAAAAUAUUACGAUCUGUUCAGAAACAUAUGAGAACAAUUAGAGAAGGAAUGAAAGUUAAUAGAACUUGAGAAAAUUGUUAUUUUCAAAUUUCUAUUUUCCUCAAAUCUCGCCUUUAAAUUCGACCAGCUGAUAAGAUCAGAAAUCACUAUGACGUGACAAAUUUGUUUUCAACGAGCAAUUUUUUGAUUUUUAAAAGAACAAACUCGGAAAAAUUGAGCACUUGAACUUUCUGCAAACUCAAGUUUAUCCUAUCAAAAAAUCCAACAUUUUCAAAAAUUGUUUUUUGCUUCUUCCCACUUUUUUCUGCCAUCACAUUUUCUAUGUAAAUCGUCUGAUUUCCUCCGGAAUCCAGCCAAAAAAUACACACAUACAUAAAGUAGGACCCGAAUACAUAAAUAAAUAAAAUGAGGAUCUUGUUCUCUUCUUCUUCUUUUUUGCUCUCACUCAAUAUGAUAAUUGAUGUGAGCUCGAAAAAUGAAAGGAGCAUCAGAUCUAGCAUAUAUGCAUAUAAUUAAUGCGUUUCAUUUUGAAACUAAAAAAAAUAGUAGAAUUAUGGGUGAUGGUGUAAUUAGAAACAUGUCAGUUGAUUUGUCAGAAUAACAAAAAUUGACAAAAAUAUUUCCGGGAAACGGAAUUCGGUGACCGAAUGAAUGAAACAUCCGGGAACUUGUCACAAAUCAGUUUUUUUUUUUGAAAUUAUGGUAAACUCAGCAUAAAAGUUAUUUAGGAAUGCUAUGAUUUUUAAAGUCGUAAAUAAUUUGAAACGUACUUUUUCGAGAGAAAACAAAAUAAAUUUUGUUUAAAUUUCGGAAUAACUUCGAAAAAUGAAAAAAUUUCUGACGCCUUUGCCAACUUCUGAUUUUCUUAAAAAUUAUCCAUUGAAAUGUUCUAUGAACUCAAAACAAGUUACCUACAUAAAAUUAGUGACAAAUGUUUUUUGUGCAUUCGAGCAUUUCAUAAAACCAGGUUAACUUGGAUAUUUGCGAGACCACCCACGAUUUUUGAACUUUGAACCGGAAAAUCUCUCACAAUAGAAAAUACGUUUCGAAUCAUUCGGAAUUUAAAAACCGAUAGAAUGUUAAAUGUUCAUACUGUAGCACUAUUGCUCCUUUAUUUCUAGUUUCUUCGUUUUAUCUGAAACUGGGGAUUUUUAUGAUCCUUUUGUUAAAAUAAAAAUCCAUGCACCUUUAAAUAUUUCCCCAAUCCAAUUUUCGAACAUAAUAAUAUUUUCUUGGAGGUCGCCUAACAUAAAUUAUUCCAAAUCAAAUCCAAUCAAAUUUCCCGCGGCGACCACAACAAAAAUAAUAAUUUGUUGCGUCGACCUGAUCGAAUUUCUCGUCUUUUUGCUCAAAAAUGUCCGCGCGAGGGAUCCAAUUUGUCGCUUAUUCAAAAAUUUUUCAAAAAAAAUGAGAAGAAUUGAAUUUCGUCUCCGUUUUCACUGCAAGAAAAAAUCGCGGGGCGAAACUUUUCGUUUAAAAAUUCUGGCCGGGAAACGAGAAAUAAAUAAAUAUAUAAAUCAAUUUUCAAUUUUUGCUUCAAAAUUAAUUGAAAACGGCUUCUCCUCCUAUUUUCCAUUAUUUUUUGUUCUAAACAAAAUAGCCUUGUUAUUUAUUUUUCUGUGCUCCAAAGGGAUGUAUUUGACAAGUUUUCGUCCCCAACGAUUAUUACAUAUUUUCAAAAAAAGGGGGAAAACAGGAAACGUCUACAGUAAUCCUUUGGGGAUUUAAAGGCGCAGAAAAAAACCUUCUAAUCUAAUUUAAUUUGAAAAGCAAAGCACUUUGGGUUGAAAAAAGAAAGGGAUGUUUUCUACCGAAUAGAAAAAAUUGAACUUGGAGGGUUCCAAAAAAAUUCAAAAUCUAUUUUUUGCAGAUGUGCUGAAGAAGAGACCGAUACAUUUUUCUCUUACACGGCGUGUUGCGAUAAUGAGUGUUGUAAUCGAUUGAGAUAUUGGGUUUAGUGAGUUUGUUUUUAGAAAUGGGCUAAUUUGGAACUGGGAAAUUUGAAGCAAAAAUUGAAUUUUCUGAGGUUAGACUGCAAUGUGAGGUUUGAAAAAUAAGUAGUUUAAAUUGCAACUCUUUUCUAGGUACAUUUUUCCGAUUAAUAAUGAAAGAACAAUACGAACAUCAGUAUUACUCAUCAGACAAGUUAAGAAAACUUUGAAACGUAUAAAAUUUCGGAAAUUUUUUUCUUGAGAUAUUUUAUUAGUUUCUACCAUUUUUCGCCAGAUUUGAAAAUUUGUUCGAAAAUUCUAUUUUUUUUUUGAAUCUUGGUAUACUAGAGAUGACGCUGGUAAAUUAAAGUAACUUGUAGAAUUUCGUCAUCUAGUGAACUUUGGUUUUUCAAUUAAAAGCUGAGUACAUCUAAAUAGAGAACUAAUUUCAAAUUUAGGAUUAAUUUGCUAAAAGAAAACAUCAAAGUUCACAGAAGCUUAGAAAAUAGUUUACAAUUUUCGAAAUUCAGUUGUAUCUGAAUUCCACUUUCAAUGUUUUUAUUUAAAUUGAAAAUCCUAGAAUCAUUUUACAGCCCAGCUUCAAUCGCAGCAGUUGGUUUCAUCGCGGGCGCAUUUUUUGCCCUCUGUUUCCAAUGUCGUUAA